AUGUCUUUCAUCAGCAAGAUCACCGUCGCUCUCCUUGGCCUGGCAUCGGCCGUUGCCGCAGCCCCAGCAGGCAGCUGUCCAGCUACCCAACAGCCACCCUCCAAGCCGGCGUGCGUUCCCGGUACGAAAAUCGCGAUUUGGCAACCGGAGAUGUGGACCAUCUACCCGAGCAAUCCCACCGCGCAAGACAGCCCAGUAACGGGCCUAAAUCUGGUCCGUCACGCCGAAGCCUCCAUCAACGAGGCACUCGCCGUCUUUACGGGCAUCCCAAAGGAGGCCAAGACCUGUACGCUGGGCUGGGGUGCAUCAGUCAAGGGGGAGAGGACGGAGACCUUCUUCGUCAAAGAUAAUGGGAACACCGAGUGGCUGCAGGUGCCUGGAAAGCCACCGGGCAAGGUCACCUGGAACUCCGUCCGGCCAUACGUGCUGAACGGUGGCAAAAGCAGUGGCCUUGACCUCACUGGUGGGAGCGAUACCGAUGCCGCGGUUGCGGGCAUCGGGUGCCAGUUGGACUGUGCCGAGACUAUGUACCUCUAUGGCAUUAUCACGGAUGCCAGUGCUGGCAGUAUCUUCUUGGACCAGGACUUUCAGAACGGACUGAACAUGCAGGUUACCGGCUAG